UACCCACUAAGGUCUAUGCUGCGUAUCAUCCCUUGAACACCUAGGAUGCCCCAGAGCAGACGUCCUGCAGGCACGCCUGCAGAUGGGAAUAUCUCUCCAAGUGUUAUCCGAGUGACUGUGAAGACGCCAGGCCACCAGAACAGCUUUGCAGUAGCUGGUGACAUCUCCGUGAGUCAACUCAAGGAGAAGCUAUCUGCUCACUUCAGAUGCCAAAUGGACCAACUGGUCCUGGUUUUUAUGGGCCGCCUUCUCAAAGACCAUGACAUACUGAGCCAGAGGGGCAUCACCGAUGGCCAUACCAUCCACGUGGUCAUCAAGUCCGAGCAUGGCUCCAGAUUCCUGCCUCAUUCUUUCCGGAACCUGUUAACCAACAAUCCCUGCCAUCAAGACGGAAGCACCAAAGAAAACAGCAGUAGGGUGUGCCAAUCUGCAGGCACAGGUCAAACCAAAGUGGAAUCAUCCCUCCUCACGGAGUCUGAUGCACCCAAGGUGGGUACUCAAAACCCAGAAGAGGAUAGUUCAGAGCAUAUUAUACAGAUGCUGGAGAAUCUUUGUGUUCAGAGAAUGUUGUCCAGUGUAGCUUUGAUGCGUCAGCUGAUCUCAGAACAUCCAGAUGCACAAGACGUGAUACAGCAGAACUCAGAAGUCUCCCAUCUCCUUGACAAUUCUGAAAUCCUAUGCCAGACUCUGGAGCUGGCCAGGCACCUUGCCAUUAUCCAAGAGAUCAUGCAGAUUUAUCAGCCAGCACAGAACCUUGAGCACCCACCCAACCCACAGCCAUACUUGGGCUUUGAGACAAUUCCAAAUGGGAACAAUGCCCUGGGCCAGAGCUAUGAUUUCAAUGAUCAAAUGCUCAAUGACAUGCAACAUCUUUUAGGGGGCAACUCUUUUACAGCCCUUCUGGCUGGACAAGUACCAGAACAAGUCCAGACUCCUCUAUCCCCACUGCCAUCUGAGGGACAAUGGGACCAACCCCCUACUGCCCAAGUCACUUAUGCUAAUUCUUGUGGUUUAUCAUCAAUCACCCCAACAAAUGCUACUCUAAACAAUUCCAACCAUGCUUCCAAGGAAAAUCCAGCCACAGUCACCACCAAGGGCCAAAGCCAUGUCUGUGCUGUUGAGCAGACAGCUGGGAUUUCAGCCUUACCCUGCACAGCAGUCACUCAGGAGCUUCAGGAAGAUGAUAAGGAUACUACCAUCCCUCUAGGUAGCUCUGACCAGUGGUUAGAGGGAGAUCUCCAGCAGUCAGAUGAGCAGACCAGCUCUCAGAUCACAGGAGGAAUGAUCCAAUUGCUUAGAAACUACCCACAUAUGGCAGCUCAGAUGCUGCUGCUUAUGAAUAUGCCCCAUCAGAACGAACAGUGGAGCCCACAAUCUCCUCCAUCCUUGCAGUCAUCACAACUUUCUGACUUGCUUUUAGCCCUAGCCAACCCCAAAGCAUCACAGGCAAUAUUGCAAAUUGAGCAUGGUCUGCAGCUGUUGGCUACAGAGGCUCCUAUUCUUUUGCCAUGCAUUGAACCUUACUUAUGGGGUCUAGGUUGGCUUUUUCCUUCCAGCUGUAGCAACCCUGAUACAGUGCCUUGGACCCCGAAUGUGCCAGACAUGGCUGAGCCUCAGUGGCCUGAAUGCUGCCCCAAAUCUGGAACAGCCCAGGAGAGAUUACAGCCCCUAUCUGAAGACCCUUCCUGUUCCCUUCCAGCCCCUGAGGUUCGUUUCAGCAAACAGAUGGAACAGCUCCAGGCCAUGGGAUUUGUGAAUUACACUGCCAAUCUGCAAGCACUCAUUGCUACUGAUGGUGACACAAAUGCUGCUAUUCACAAGCUCAAGAGAUCUCAGGGAAUGUAGCCAUCGUGUCUCCCCAUUUGCUUUCUACCUGCAUGUUGACCCAUCUGACCACCUCACCUGCCUUUCCUGAUGCUUCCAACUGGGAGAAGUCCUGGAACAGGAAAAAUCAAUCAAUGCUUGCUCAACUGGAUACUAGAUCACUGGUCAUGGCUGGAAAAUCUGUCAAUAAAGGGCUACACCUACUUCA